AUGAAUGAAUAUACAGAUGCAAACUUCGUCUUAGAUGGGGUACCUGCAAUGGAGGACAUCCAAAUGAAGGACAUGCCAAGUUUUAUUAGGACAACUGACCCUAACGACUUUAUGGUGAACCAUGUUCCACGACUAAUCCACAAGUUGAAAGAAGCUUCGGCGAUUAUCUUCAAUUCCUAUGAUGCAUUAGAGCACGAUGUCCUCCAAGCUCUCUCCUCCUUUCUCCCACCCCUCUACACCCUUGGCUCGUUACAAUUCCUUCUAAAUUCCAUAACAGAAUAUAGCAUUUAUAUUAUUGACGAGGAAACUAAAUCAAUCACUACAAAUUUAUGGAAAGAGGACACACGUUGCCUUGAAUGGCUUGAUUCCUUUGAGCCAAACUCGUUAAUAGAAUUUGCAUGGGGACUUUCUAAUAGCAACCGACCCUUCCUUUGGAUUACUCGCCCUGAUUUAGUCAUCGGGAAAUCCGCGGUCCUUCCACCGGAGCUUUUAGAUAAGACGAAAGAUAAGGGACUUAUUACAAGUUGGUGUAACCAAGAGCAAGUGUUGGCGCACCCUUCAAUUGGAUGUUUUCUGACUCAUUGUGGUUGGAACUCGACAAUUGAGAGUUUGAUUAACGGUGUGCAUAUAGUAUGUUGGCCUUUCUUUGCUGAGCAACAAACUAAUUGUUGGUUUUCUUGCAACAAGCUAAAGUGGGGGGUUGGAAUAGAGAUCGAUGCAAAUGUGAAGAGGAGUCAAGUUGAGAAGCAAUUAAGUGAGUUAAUGGAUGGUGAGAAAGGUAAGGUGAUGAAGGAAAAGGUUAUGGAGUGGAGAAACUUAGCUCAUGAGGCGGUUGCUGCUCCCAAUGGUUCUUCUUACAACAAUUUGGCCAAGCUCAUCAAACUCCUUCGAUCUUCAUAA